AUGGAUGGAAACACACAUCUCACUCUCUCAAUGCCAUCUGAGCAUAAGAUGGAAGUAAUGAAAGCUGUGAAGGUCCUCGUGCAGCUGACACAUGCACUUCCAAUGAGGACAACAUACGAGUUGAAUGUGAGCAACCAAUAUAGCAUAUUUAGUAGCAACUCGGAGGAUAGCGUCAACGACACAAUAGCAUCAAUCGACUCGUGUUUCUCUCCCAGGAUCGCGAGUUCCCCCCACAACCAGAGCACCAGUCGUUGCCGGAGCGCAUCAAGCCAUUCCAGCAUUAGGGGGCAAGCAGACGACAACCGACGACAGGCAGGGAACCACAACAACUGGAGAACGAUGACCGUCAACUGUGAAGGCAUCAAAGGGAAAACAGGCCUACUUGCAGCAACGGUGCAGUACAUACAACCUGAUGCUAUCAUAGGAUGUGAAUCAAAGCUGGAUAACACCAUCAAUUCCACUGAAAAAUUCCCGCCAGGUUACAAAGUGUUCCGGAAGGACAGAACUCUCCACGGAGGGGGAGUGUUUGUCGCAAUCAAAGACUGCUACCAGUGCGAAGAACUGACUGAUCUAGACACAGAAGCAGAAAUAAUUUGGGUUAAAAUCCAUCUGCAAGGAGCAAAGUCCUUAGUCACGGGUAGUUACUACCGGCCACCGGACAAGACCUUGGAGGAUCUGGAAUGCUUGAAGGAAUCUCUGGACAAGCUACCAGCGAAAUGCAGAGACAGGACGAUACACUUGAGUGGUGACUUCAACCUCAGUGAAAUAAACUGGGAAACGAGGACAGUAUUGCCAGAGGCGAAGAAAACAGGCUUGUGCAAAAGGCUGCUUGAGAUAGCGAAUGUAUUCUCCCUAACACAGCUACAGCUUCAACCAACAAGGGGGGAAAACAACCUGGACCUCUUCUUUACUACAAACCCAUCUCUUGUGAAGAAGAUACAAACUGCGCCAGGAAUAGGAGAUCACCAUAUGGUAAUCACAGAUUGCGACAUCAGGCCACAGAAAGCAGCCACUACCAAGAGGGACGUCCCACUGUUCAACAAGGCCAACUGGGAUGGACUCAGAGCGGACAUCAAAGAGUCGAGUCUAGAUUUCGAGAAACAUGCGGCCCAGAGAUCAGUGAACGCGAACUGGACAACCUUGAAGGGAGCAAUCAUGGAUGCAACCAAACGUCACGUCCCACAGAAGACAGUUAAGACAGGAAGCAAGAACUUACCAUGGGCGACAGAAGCUACAAGAAGAUCGAUCAGGAAGAAGAACAGACUAUUAAAAAAGAUGAGGAAAAAACCUUCUGCAGCCAGUAAGACAAAAUAUAAGGAGCAGAAGAAGAAGACCAGGAGGGACUUGUACCAAGCCCACAGGAAGUACCUCACUGACACGCUCAACCUUGAAAACAGAAACACCUUCUGGAGGUACGUAAAGUCACAGAAGAAUGACAAUAAUGGAAUCUCACCAUUAAGACAGGAUGGGAAGCUACACACUAAGCCAAGAGAGAAAGCUCGAAUACUGAACAACCAGUUCAAGUCAGUAUACACCAAAGAUCAAAUAGACGAUAUCCCGACCCCAGCUAGGGACAAGAAACCAAGCAUAGAGGAGCUACACAUCAGUGAGGAUAAAAUAUUAAAGCACUACUUGAAAGAAUCAACCCAAAGAAAGCCAGUGGACCAGAUCAACUGCCCGACCGAGUGUUAA